AUGACAUCGACGCCGACCAAUAUUUCAAAGUGUGAGUGGUUGUUAAACGAAAUUCGAGAGUAUGUGCCAAAAGUUCCGUACGUAAUUCCGAACGAUGCUAUGAAGUUGUCGAUCUACGGGAGGAUUAACAAGAAUUCACCGAUACAAGUGGCGUUUCAUGCGCGCGACCUUUACGUAUACCCAACCUUACCCACCACCAGAUCGUUGGUUUGGUCGGUAAAAAGCAGCACCGGGUUUCAACGGCCUCAAUGGCUACUGAUUGCGUUCCAAACUAGGAAGCGAAAUAACAAAGAAGCAGAUGCGAGCGAGUUUAACCAUUUAAGCAUUUCCAAUAUAAAAGCAAACAUUAACAACCGAAGAUAUCCGUAUGAGCAGCAAAAUCUGGUCUUUACCGAUAACAAGUAUGUGGACGCUUACGAAGAAUAUUUAAACUUUCGUAAUCAAUAUUACGACUCGCCGCAGGAGAGCUCCCUUCUUAGCUACAAAGAGUUCGAAAAGCAGCCUAUCUUCAUUAUCAAUUGCACCCGUCAAAACGAAAGCGUCCAUAACGUGGUGAUCGAUUUGAAGCUGGAAGUUGAAGCAUCAUCUGCACUUGCAAAUGAAACUAUCGCUUACUGCGUAAUUUUACAUGAUGUAUUAAUCGAGUAUGAGCCGUUCACUAGUAUCGUACGCAAAAUUUAG